AUGAAAGCCGUCGCGGCGGUCACUAUCAUCGCUUUGCUGUUCAUACAGAGCGCUAAGGUAUCCGCCUUGAGAAAUGUCAAGGGGGAAUUAGCUUGGUUAGCCAGGACCCCCGAUGAACGUAUCCUAACGAAUAGGAUACAAAAUUACAAGAACGAGGUGGAGGCACAGCAAAAUGAGAAGCUCACGAAUGAGGUAGAUUAUCAGCUAAACGAGCUGAUUGACGUCAUCCGUCUCGUGGGAGACACACAAGAACAGCAGAGACGGGAACUGCACAAUUUGUCCACCUCAUUGGAAGUAACGAAAGAUGCGCUCAUGAAAAUGUUAAGUGAAUACGAAAAUAGAAUCGACCAAUUAGAGUACAUCAUUAUGGAGACCAAAAAAUAUGACCCAUAUAAGGAAAGGUUUAAUUAUCCUAUAUCGAAAUACUGGCUGCAAGUGGACUUUCUUAACGUUAAAUCUCUAUGGAAGUAUCAGAAAAGAAAGCAUUUCACUUUAAUAGUACAGCCCAUUGAAAUGACAAAUGUGAAGUUCCCAUCAUCAAUUCUGCUGCUAAGACAUCACAUAAUUGUUGAGGGGUUCAUCAAUGUCGAGGUGCUCCAAAAGGCUUCUUCCCUCGAACCCAAAAUAAACCAGUCAGCUUCUGGUAUCGUUUUCGAUUUUGUAGAUGCUCACAAUUUUAGAUUCGUCCAGUUAUCCUUCCUGAAUAACCAGGCUGUUCUCUCCGUGGAAGAGGUAAACAGCUCCUUGCACAGCAAAAUACUUUCUAAGGGAGUGGAGACACACGGCAAAGACUUCAACGCCCUGACGUGCGAAUUUGUGUCUGGAAAAAUGAACGUCUUCUUAAACUACAAAAAGGUAAUCGAGAUGGAUUUCGCCGAUAGAGGGAUAAGCGGAAACGGUGGAGGAUACCCUACCAUACGUGGCGAUGGACGCUCUGGAAGUCCUGCGAACCGGUCGGUGGGCCUCUUUACCAAAAUCGGGACCGCAGAAUUUAGAAACUUCCUGACGGGUACCCUCCAGUUCGAACAUCUCAUAAAUCAUACCCUGGUAAUCCCAGACAAGAAAGACAUCUCCACAGUAUCUGUGACCAAUUCUUAUCGAUUCUCCAAUAGGGAGAGUAAAGAUGACCUCAGUGUGUACAGCAUACCUUAUAGCAGCAAAGAUUACGACGAUUAUAAGGAGGAAGAAGUAACCGAUGAUGUUUAUCCUACCCCAGAAUCGAAUUCGCAUUAUGAUGAUGUGAACAUGUCGGGACAUGCCAAGGGGGGGAUCAUCAUCCCUUCUGGUUCCCUCAAUGAACUGACGCACAACUCCUGUGAAGAGUACAGAAGAAAAGAAUUUAACCUAACCGAAUGGAUAAGUGAUAGUAGAGGGACCUCCACCAACUGGAAAGUGGUAUCCCAGUUUGGUAUUAAAAGAAUAAUAUUUCGCAACAACUACAAAUCUGCAGUGGUCAAUUCAGCAUUGAUUUAUAAGAAGAACGUAUGCAAUUCGAUCAGUAUAUCAUCCUACAUUAAAGUCGAGAACGACACAGAAGCGGGACUCCUCUUCAGAUAUGACAACAGGGACAACAUGUACACAUUAACAAUUUCGAGUAGUAAUAGAGAAAUCAUUUUGAAGAAAAAAAAAAAUAAUAUCGAAUCGGUCAUAAAAAGUGCCUACGUAAAAAGCAUCAAUUCGUUUCAAAGGCAUCAUUUACUGAUCCGUGACACGGGCGAACGGGGAUACCUCAGCGUAUCCCUCGAUGGUGUCAAAUUGUUUUCUCUCCGCCGGGAGAAUUAUUUCAGCUCUGGAAGAGUCGGGUUUUUUGUUGAGCACGGCCAUGCCGCGUUCGACACGUUGAUGGUUGAGCAGCUCAAAGAGGACUUGGAGAAAAAUGACUCCACUUUGGAAUAA